GCAAUAUAGUAUGUCAUUCAUUGCAGUUGUUUUUUAAAAAUUUGGUUGCACAGUUGAUUUUUGUUGUAAUCAUGUACUAUUUUUAACGAACGAAUGGAUUAAAUAAUCAAUGAGGAAUAUCAAGUACACAUUGAAUUGACUAUAACAAUUACCUAGAAUUCGAAACGCACUGUAACGGAAUGAUGGACGUAAAAGUUGACAUUGAGUAUUGUGGCUCCUGUGGUCAUAAAAAACAAUUUCUUCAGUUAGCGGAAGAAAUAAAAAAGAACGUUCCGGAUGCCACUGUCGCUGGUACAGCGGGAAGGCGAGCAUCUUUCGAAGUGCAAGUUAACGAUGAGCUAGUAUACUCGAAACUUCAAACGCUAGCCUUUCCUGACUUUGUCGCAGUUGCAGAUAUGAUCAAAGAUGUGGCUGCAGGCAGUCUAGUAAGAAAGAUUGAUCGACAACAGGCUGCUGACUGCAUUCUUUUAUAAGCACAUUUUAUUAUGAAUCAGGUAUUGCCAAACUUAUUUUACACUUGGACGUUAAAAUAUAAAUAUUUUUCGUAAUGAAUAAUAUUAAUGAAUGCUUCCUACUAAUUAAUAGUUUUGUUCUGGAAUAGGAAAUGACUGCGUUUUAAGUCUUAACGAAUUAGUUGGCGUGCAGUUAAUGUGUAAAAAUUUAUCCAUCAGAUAUUGCCAGUGUAUCGUGAUUUAAAUAUAUGCAUUUGAAU